GCGGAGGGGACAGUGCUGGGCGGAAGGAGUCGAGCCCAAGGCAUUUCCGGUUCCGGUGUCAGUGUGAGGCGCCGCCGCCGCCGCAGCUGCCAGAGCCGCGAUGCCUAAAGGAGGGAGAAAGGGAGGCCACAAAGGCCGGGCACGGCAAUACACGAGCCCCGAGGAGAUUGACGCACAGCUCCAAGCUGAAAAGCAGAAGGCCAGGGAAGAAGAGGAACAAGGAGAAGAAGAUGGAGAUGGGGCUGCAGGUGACCCCAAAAAGGAGAAGAAAUCACUAGACUCAGAUGAGAGUGAGGAUGAAGAAGAUGAUUACCAGCAAAAGCGCAAAGGUGUGGAAGGCCUUAUCGACAUCGAGAACCCCAACCGAGUGGCACAGACAACCAAAAAAGUCACACAACUGGACUUGGAUGGGCCCAAGGAGCUUUCAAGGAGAGAACGAGAAGAAAUUGAGAAGCAGAAAGCAAAAGAACGUUACAUGAAAAUGCAUUUAGCUGGGAAAACAGAGCAAGCCAAAGCAGACCUUGCCCGGCUGGCAAUUAUCCGAAAACAGCGGGAAGAAGCUGCCAAGAAAAAAGAAGAAGAAAAGAAAGCAAAAGAUGACGCAACUUUGUCAGGAAAACGAAUGCAGUCGCUCUCCCUGAAUAAGUAACAAGGCCUGAGGGAGGAGAUACCA